UGCUGCUCAACCUGACGGUUUGGUCACGUGGGGGAGUUUCCUCGCGCAGGGACCAUGGGCAAGAAGAAAAGCAGCGGCGGCGGCGGCGGCCUGGGCCGAGCUAUCAUCAAAGAGAAGAACCAGUCUUCGGGGAGAUUGCGGAAAACUGACAGCUGGCUUCACACAAGUGAACUGAAUGAUGGCUAUAACUGGGGCCGGCUCAACUUGCAAUCUGUAACAGAACAAAGUACUUUAGAUGAAUUCCUUGCAACUGCAGAACUGGCAGGCACAGAGUUUGUAGCUGAGAAACUGAAUGUCAAGAUUAUUUCUGCUGAGGACAGAACUGGUUUACUGACAACAGAGGAAAGCAAAAAGAUUAAAAAGAUUCAAGAAGAGAAUAAGCAGUUUCUUUCCAUUCCCAGAAGGCCUUAUUGGGAUGAGAAUACAGAAGCUGAAGAACUGCAACAAUCAGAACGGGAAAACUUCCUGGAAUGGAGAAGACAGCUGGCUCGAUUGGAAGAAGAACGCAACUUGAUCCUGACACCGUUCGAAAGGAAUUUAGAGUUUUGGCGACAACUAUGGAGAGUGAUUGAAAGAAGUGAUGUAGUUGUUCAGAUUGUUGAUGCUAGAAACCCACUGCUUUUCCGCUGUGAAGACUUAGAACGCUAUGUGAAGGAGGUCCAGAAAGAUAAAGACAACAUGAUCCUCCUAAAUAAAUCUGACCUGCUGACAGGUGAACAACGGAGAGCCUGGGCAAGAUAUUUUGAUAAGGAAGGUAUUCGGGUCGUGUUCUGGUCAGCCACUGCAGAAGGGAAAAGACUGGAUGCUGAAGCAAAGGGGGAAGCACAAGAGAGACAAAGUGAAGUGAGUGAAAGAGAAGGUUCAAGAGGAUCAGUUACUCCGUUUGAUGCUCGAGAUGGCUUGUGGCCUGCUUACGAUGCAGAUGAAGAUGACUCCAGUGAAUAUGAAGAUUGUGAAGAUGAUGACUCUUGGCAAACCUGUUCAGGAGAGGAGAAUAAAAAUAUUAUCGACUCUGAUAUUGAGAACCCGACUGGUCUAAUUAACAUAAAUCCUACCUCCGCUGGCCACUGUGAGCACUACUGUAAGGGAAAUGACAAGCCUGCAUGUAGUUCAAGCUCCAGUACAACAGCGUUUACAAAAAAAUGUGUCAGUAACCCAAGCCACCUGAUGCAGCGAAAUGAACUGUUGAAGAUUUUUAGAACUUUGCACGAAGGACAGCGUGUGAAAGAUGAUGAAAUAACAGUGGGCUUAGUAGGAUAUCCAAAUGUAGGCAAAAGUUCAACAAUUAAUACUAUUCUUCAAAAUAAGAAAGUUUCUGUGUCUGCAACUCCAGGCCAUACAAAACACUUUCAGACGUUGUACGUGGAGCCAGGUUUAUGCUUGUGUGACUGUCCAGGCCUAGUGAUGCCAUCAUUUGUUUCCACCAAAGCAGAAAUGGUCUGUAAUGGAAUUUUACCCAUAGACCAAAUGAGAGACCAUGUGCCACCUAUCUCUUUAGUCUGCCAGCAUAUUCCCAGGCAUGUUUUGGAAGCCACGUAUGGAAUUAAUAUUAUCCGGCCCAGAGAGGAUGAAGACCCAAAUAGACGACCUACUUCUGAGGAAUUAUUAACUGCCUAUGGGUAUAUGAGGGGUUUUAUGACUGCCCAUGGACAACCAGAUCAACCUAGAGCAGCUCGAUAUAUUUUAAAAGAUUAUGUUACAGGCAAGCUGUUGUACUGCCACUCUCCACCUGGCAUUGAUCCUGCUCAUUUCCAAUUCCAGCAUGCUAAACUUGAAGAAUGUGGUGUUGUAUGUGAUGAGAAUGGUACAAAUUUCAAAAGGAAGCAACAUAAUUUGAAAAGAAUUGAAAAUUAUGUGGACAAAAGCUUCUUUCAUCAGGAGAAUAUGCGUGCUUUGACAAAAGGAAUUCAAUCAGCAAUGGGCUUAAAAUAUGGCAUUAGCUCAACACCGAUGACUGGAGCCAGCAUGGAAAAUGUGGCAGGAAAACCAUGGAAAAAGCAUGGCAAUAGGCAUAAGAAAGAAAAAUUACGGAGAAUGUAUAAACAUCUGGAUGGGUGAACUUCCCUUAUUCUCAGGAGUUGGACACUUUUUUGGCCUAAUUACUUAUUGCUCAGUUUAUAUUCACAUAAUGGGAAUAAGUGCAGCAAGUCAGAAGCAAAAGUAAUAAAUGUGUUUCAAUGUAUGCUGAAAGAGUCAGCAACCUGAUGGUACACUGCAGUACUUGAACUAAUUUAGUAUAAUUCACUUGGAAUUUCCAGUCCAUCAUUUAUGCAGACUUUGUUACAGUAUGAGUUUUUAAUCUUUUCUAAAGAUGUGUCUGAUUCCAUUGUUGAAUUCUGCAGUAAAAGAAUAAAAUAAGUA